AUGAAAAAAAAAAAAAAAAAACGUAAAAACUCGAGGAAAAAAAAAAAAAAAAAUAUUAUUUUUAAUUUCCAGCCAGCAAACAAAAUGAAUUUAAAUAACAUAUCAUGCAUUAAUUGCAGAGAAAAAUUAAAGAAUUUUAAAAAUAUUAUUAUUCAUUAUAUUAUGCAUAAAAAUAUAUGUCCAUUUUGUCUUGCAUAUUACCGUUCUUAUAAACAAUUUUAUGAUGUAAAUGGACAUUCCAACAUCAAAAAAUGUAAAAAUGAACAAAAUAAAAUUAUUACAAAUAAUCAAAAAAGAGAUAGCUUUUAUAAAAAAUUAAUGGAUAUUACUGGUGAAAAAAUAAAAUAUCCAACAAAUGAUUCAGAUGACCCAUGUAAACAUUUAUGUAACCAAAACCAAGAUGAAAUUUUUUAUCAAGAAAAUAAUGAAAAUAAUGAAAAUAAUCAAACAAUUGAUAAUGAAGAAAAUCAUGAUAUAAUUGGGUUGGUACAUAGUGAAGAUGAAAACAAUGAAAUUAGAAUAGAUGAAAAUGAAGCAAACAUUAAUAAUGAAAAUAAUGAAAAUAAUGAAAAUGAAAAUGCUCAAAACGAACCAAUAAAUAAUAAUCUAAAUAAUAAUUUAGAUAAUGAAAAAUCAAAAAAAAAAUUAAAUGAAACUGAAAUUGAAUUUUUAAUGUUGGGAAUUGAAAACUCAAUAAGUUUAAAGCUACUUGAAAAAUUUAAAAGUUUUAUUGACAAAAAUAAAACCAAUUUAAAUCAAAUAAGAUACACACCUCAAUAUAUGGAUAAAUUAUUUAUGGAAGAUUUUCAAAUAAAAGGAGAAACAUUUAUAAAUAAAAAUUAUGAUCACUCAAUUUUUUAUUUUGAAAUUAAAAAAGUAUUAGAAACUUUAUUAAAUAAAAAGCAAUUUUUGAAAGAAUAG